UGAGCGGCAGGCGGACUGUGGCCUCUGUUGUACCCGAGAUACGGACUGAUUUGCUGGGGUCUGUUGCUUGGUGGACGGGCGGGUGUUCCUUGCCACGGCUCUCAGCGGCCCAGCAUGACACUCUCCCAUGUCACUCCCGCCAUGACUGAUACUCCAGCACUACAGGCCUUAGGACAGCGGGUGUUUGUGGUUGUUUUACUGAUAUCUGUAGCUCGCUAUCACUUUCUGGUGAUUCCUAAGAUUAAUGUGCCUAACCUGAAGGCACUGAAGAGGGAGCAAAGUGAGCUGUUGCGGUACAUGCAGGACCAAUGCCAUCUUCUGGCAUCUAAAUAUCCCCAUGUGGAGUUCAGGUAUGGGUACCACGCCAUCCCCAGCAUGUCCCAGCUACACCUGCACAUGAUCAGCCAAGACUUUGACUCCCCAUGCCUCAAAACCAAGCGACACUGGAACUCCUUCAACACCAAAUACUUCCUGGACAGUGAAGACGUGAUCCGGUGCCUGGAAGAGCGUGGCAUGGUGGUGACCAUGACCCCCAUCGCCGGUGAGAAGCUACUGGACCAACCCCUCAAGUGCCACAAGUGCAUUUAUUCCCCUCAGAACAUGCCCAAGCUGAAGCAGCACCUCUAUAAACACAUAAACAAUUGAGGCUGAAUGAACAUAGUGUGGAGCCUGAGGGACACUAGUGUGUGUGCUUCCUGAACCAUGGUUGCCAGUAUUCUAAGAAACAUUGGAAGCCUUAUGCAGUCAUUGCCUAUAAAUUAGUGGUACUCAUUAUAUACCUUUUGUGUUCUCUUGUUCAUGUAUUUAAGUUUCUAUUUAUUCUUGUUUUGUAUUUUCAUGUAACAUAAGCUACACUUUAUACAUAAGUUAAUGAAACUUUGUUAAUUCCCAUCCUUUCUACAGUCCACAGACUGAUUUGUUUGAACACUGAGGAAUAAGAGAGUAGAGUAGACAGAGUGAACUUAUUUUAGUCAUUAUCAACCAGUAUGGUCAUUGCAGAUCAGUGUACUUCCUCAUCAGAGGCUAAGAUGUGCAAGAAUGCUUGUGAAUAUGAUCGUGUGUGUCUGUAUGCCUUGUCUUGGCAAACCCUCUUUGUGAGUGAUGGCAGAAUUUUAUAUAUAUAUAUAUAUAUAUAUAUAUAUAUAUAUAUAUAUAUAUAUAUAUAUAUAUAUAUAUAUAUAUAUAUAUAUAGUGAAAAUACUAUUAGAUGGAAUGAAUGUAAAUAACACCAUUAAUCAAAUUUGGUGGGUCAAGUUGCAAGUGUGACAGAGGAAGCUAGAUAAAAAGGUCAAAUAAGUGAUAAGACAAUUAUUUUUGAACUGCUGGAUGCUGGUUUAUUUAUAGAAAUGAUGAGACUAUCUGAUUACACACUGUAAGACAUUGGGCCAGUGUUGGAAUUGAUGCAUCUUUUUAUAAACUGGUUUUCUACACGUUUCUUUCAUUACAAAUAGAUUUCUUUUACUCUUAAGUUUUGAUGCAAUGGUGUUUGCUACAAGAUAUGCAGUUAGAUGAUAAGAGGAACAGAACUAAACAGUACAGUAUUAAGGUAACCUUGCAGUGCCAUACUGUGUACAGCUGCAGGUUAUGUUUGCCCCAUCAGCACAAAUACAUUAUAUAUGACGAUAGUUCCUAUAAAGCUAAUUUAUCAUCACAUCCACAUUAGUAAUUUAGAUACUUUGUGAAUUUAUAGUGUAGACAGGUAAGGCAAAUUAAAAUUUGUGUUGCAGAGUACAUGCAGUCCAGUUGAUGGAUUGAGAGGAAACAAAAACCUGGUUCCUCUAUUAUUUUGUUAUGCAUAAUUUAAUAUUGUUACACCUGAACAAUCAAAUAUUUUCCCAGUUUUGUUACUGUAUAUACAAGUGAAAUAUACAUGACUUACAAGGCAUCA